UGUGGGUUGUUAACACAGCACCGACUCUUUAGGAGAGUCAAAUCAAUUCACUCUCCAAAUUUAUUAUUCCGUCGGUUAUCAGUAGUCACCUGUGCAUGUGUGUUUCAUUAGUGCUUUAAUGUGGGGGAAAUAAAGUGUUUUUCUUGCUCACUUUACUUGCUCAAAACUGUAUAAAAGCCAGUUUUCUGAAGGCAACCCACCAGGGUAAGUAACACUUCUCACUGUCUGUUUUAAAGAUAUCUCAAUUUAAAGGUAAGGAAACAUACAGAAAAAUUCAUGUAGUUGUUCAGGUACUUGGUUUAAACUAUAUUAAAUGUUUACUGUUCCUCUUGGUUUUGUGUAAAGCAAUAGAUUAUCCUUGACAAGCUCUCAUCUAAUUGAAAAAUCUGUAUUUUUGCUUCAAGAUCAUCAUGAAGGUGCUGUUUGAAGUUUUGGUUGUGUGUCUGUUUACUGGAGCGCUGCAUGUUGCAGGGGCAAACACUCAACCUGAAGAGAUGGGUCUCAGUGAAGACGAGCGGCACGUGGCGAGAAGGUACGCUGAGUCGGCCAUCGCCAGCGAAAUCAGCAAAAUCAUGGAUUCAAUGGUGCAGAAAAACUUUGUGGAUUUCUUGCUCACUCAAAGGCAGAAAAAAAGCGAGUUGGCCACUGCGGAGGAAGAUCCAGAGCAGCGCCUGCACAACGAGCUGCUGAAGCUCAGUCAGCGUGAGACGCAGAAGAGAAACAUCUAGGAUCCAAAAAGGUGCAGAGGCACUGUGGAAAAUCAUCAUCAUCAUCUUCUGAUCUUUCCUUUUGACAUUUUAAAAGUUUGGAUAAAGUGUAGUGUGUGAUUUUCUGUGUAGUGUAAAGCCACCUUGUAUAAGACAAAUC